ACUGUAGGUUAGACUAUAGAUUGAAUCUGCUCACAUUCCUUUUGGUGGUUGCGCUGGACGACGGACGCUGUGGAACUUCGGUGCGGGUGGACGCUAGUCACGAGAGGAAGAGGAGGGGAGGAAGGCCGGACUGCCGUUGGAUCUGCUGUCUAUGUGUGAUGUCAUGUUCAGCGUAAGUCUGUGACGGGUCGACGAGUAAUAAACUGCUGCUGUUGCUCGCCUUUGGUUUGAGCGCCGCUCUUGUCCAUUGUGAAGAUGCUUUAGCCACAUUUGAGAGAAGGCCUCGCGUCGUCUCGGUGAUGAUAACACGUUCGAGAGGUUUAUCUGCUGCAGCUAAUGGGGAGAACGCUCGACGUUCUCCUUUGCUAUAAGAGCGAUGAAGCGUGCAGUUUGUUGCCCGCAGAUCCCAAGACUCUGCUGGGCUGUGCUUCAUGUGUUCGACGGGUCAAUGGCUGUUUGGUUGUGAUCCUUUUCCACUCUAUUGUUGGCCCUCCUGUGAAGAAGCUUCUGUGGCUUCCUGACAGCUGUGUCUCGUGCCUGAGCUUACGCUUGUCUAGCUCUGCGCUUCUUCUCGCAAUGAUGCAAAACAUAAGGCCGCUUUUAAGACCCCCGCUAGAAGUUCUUGGGCCUUUUUGUCCUGCCGCUUUGCGUGUGUGGAUAAGGUGAGCUCGCGGGUUGCUGUCUGAUGACGAUAACCAUUGCAGAAGGUAUCGCAAUUUGCUGAGCAAUAAUGAGAAGAAGUAGAGUACCAGAGUAGACGAGUGCAUGGGCACAUGGCGUCACAGCUACGGAAGGAGUGGCCUGGAACGUGAUGACAAGAUUGAAAAACCAAAGCGGUUUGAGUUCGACACGCUAUGCGCUUGAGCCAUCGCGACGAAGGUUCUCUACACUUGACCUGAUUCCUUUGUUAUGCAAUGUACAUGUAUAGAGUAAUGUUUGUUCAUGCUGCUGUUCUUCUCUUGGUCUUCAUCGUCCU